AUGGAGGCGGCCAGCGCAAGGGCGGCCGCCAGGGACCCGUGGGGAGGAUGGGGUGGCCACGCUCCCUCCCAGCUCCAGCGCUUCAUUCAGGCAGCGUGCAGUCCGGAGAAUUACGAGCCCAACCUCGCUCUGAAUCUCGAGAUCGCCGACCUCAUCAACUCGAAGAAGGGCUCUGCGCCCCGCGAGGCCGCUGUGGCCAUCGUCAACUACAUCAACCACCGCAACCCGAACGUCUCCCUGCUCGCCCUCAACCUGCUCGACAUAUGCGUCAAGAAUUGCGGAUACCCCUUUCAGCUACAGGUCAGCACCAAGGAGUUUCUCAAUGAACUCGUCCGCCGCUUUCCCGAGCGGCCGCCCAUCAGGUACAGCAGGGUGCAGAUGAAGAUCCUCGAGGCUAUAGAAGAAUGGCGCAGUACGAUCUGCGAGACCAGCAGGUACAAAGAGGAUCUAGGGUUCAUUCGGGAUAUGCAUAGACUGUUGAGCUACAAGGGCUACACGUUUCCCGAGGUCAGGAAAGAUGACGCGGCUGUCCUGAACCCUAGCGAUAACCUCAAAUCCGCCGAGGAGAUGGAGGAAGAAGAGCGUGAGGCCCAGUCGGCUAAAUUGCAGGAGCUGAUCCGACGCGGCGCACCAGAAGACCUACAAGAGGCAAACCGUCUCAUGAAGAUUAUGGCUGGUUAUGACACAAGAUCAAAGGUGGACUACCGCGCCAAGGCUGCCGAGGAGGUCUCCAAGAUCCAGGCCAAGGCAAAGCUGCUCGAGGAGAGGCUUGCUGAGUUCAAGCCAGGCGACACCAUGACAGAUGGUGACGUCUUCGAGGAGCUCGCUUCCUCGCUGCAGAAUGCCCAGCCCAAGAUUCAGAAGAUGUGUGAGGAGGAGUCCGACGAUCACGAGGCCGUGGCGAGACUAUUCGAGAUCAACGACAGCAUACACCGGACCGUUGAGAGGUACAAGCUGAUGAAGAAAGGGGACUUGGAAGGGGCUUCUAAGAUUGCCAAAGGCGAGCAUGUGGCUUCCUCGGCGGCAGUUAAGAGCGCCGCUCAGGAGCUCAACCUCAUCGACUUUGAUGGCGACGCAGCGGCGAACGGCUCGGGCAAUGCAAACGCUAGUACGAGUACAGCCCGUCAGGCUCAACCGGCUGGUGUCGAAGAUGAUCUACUCGGUCUGUCAAUCGGGGAAUCAGAAGGCGCCGGCAAUUUUGGCCAAACCGGUGGCAUCUCCCUUGGGUUUGGUAACAAUACCAACAUUCCUGGUCCAGCAUUGCUCUCUUCUAUGACCCAGGACAACAGCGCCAAGGGCUCUCUCUCCUCAUCAUCUACUCCGCCUCCAUUCUCGGCUUUCUCCGCCUUCAACUCAGGGCCAUCCACCUCGAAGAACAACACCCCACAGCCACCGAAUUAUCAACAGUCGGCAUUCAGUUCCCCAGCAGCACCAGCGGUCGACCCAUUCGCCGCACUUGCCGCGAACAAGCCUCCUCCUCCUCAACCGGCCACAGCGCAGGCCAACGAUGAUGAUGAGUGGAACUUCUCGUCUGCCCUCCCCGCCGAGACGACAUCUCUGCCCAAAGAGCAUAGGGUGGCGGUGAGCAACUCCAACCUGAAGAUCGAUCUUCUUGCCAACCGAACGACUGGCACAUCAAACAGCAUCAACCUGUUGUUCGCUUUCAGCAACAACACUGCACAGCCGAUAAGCGAGGUUCAUUUUCAGUUGGCCGUGACAAAGGGCUACGAAUCCCAGCUCAAACCCCAGACGGGGCGUUCGCUAGAGCCGAAACAGAGCCGUGGGAUAACCCAGUCCAUCGAGGUGUGGCACACUGGUGACAAGGGUAAGAAGGUCGAGUCCGUCAAGCUCAGGUGGAGGGUGGCUUAUAAAGUCGGAUCGGAGAUGAAGAGCGAAAUGGGCGAGAUCUCAGAAUUCAGUAUCGCGUAG